UGGAUAUACUGCGUCCUAUAAUAUAUGUGACUCAAGGGAGAGGAUAACUCAUAUUAUCAAUGAUAAACAGUGAUAAUCAGAUUUGUGACCUGGUGCAGUGAGAUGUUGUGUUUUAAAUUCAGCGCCAUUAAUACAGCCUUGUCAGUCCACUUGUGUGAGUGAGAUAGCGCAGUCGGGCAAGAUGGCUGAAGCUACGUUGAGGGCAGGAUUUUCGAUGGGCGAUCAUACCCUUCUCGUACCGAACGUCUUGUUCGCAGAAAACCGUCGUCGUUUGUGCCAGCGACUCAGAGAGAACACCAGCGUGCUCCAGAAUGCGUUUAUCCUACUUCAGGGUGGAGAAUCUCUGAGUCUGUAUGACACGGACGUCGAAUACGUCUUCCGACAGGAACCGUACUUCCAGUGGAUGUUCGGCGUGAAGGAGCCGAAUUUCUAUGGCGUUGUGGAGGUUUCUACAGGCAAGACAUUGCUCUUCAUGCCUCGUCUGCCUGAAGAGUUCGCUGUCUGGAUGGGCCGACUUCAUAGCACGGAUGAUGUUAAGAAGAUGUACUCAGUGGAUGAAGUUCAUUACGUGGAUGAUAUUGUCAGUGUGCUGAAGAAAUACAAUCCCAGUGUCCUUCUCACAUUGAAUGGUGUGAAUACAGACAGCGGUCAAACAGUCAGGGAAGCUGCCUUUGAUGGCAUUAACGAAUUCACUGUAAACAACAAGCUGUUGCAUCCAGAAAUAGCAGAAUGUCGUGUGAUUAAAUCAGAUUUGGAGCUGAAGGUGUUGCGCUAUGUGAACAAGAUUUCAUCAGAUGCACACAUUCACGUGAUGCGCACAGUUCGUGCUGGAAUGAUGGAGUACCAAGCGGAAGCAACAUUUCUCAACUAUGUAUAUUUAGUUGGUGGCUGCCGUCAUGUUGCCUACACAUGCAUCUGUACUAGUGGUGACAAUGGGUCAAUUCUUCACUAUGGACAUGCUGGUGCUCCCAAUGAUCGAUGUAUUAAUGAUGGAGACAUGUGUUUGUUUGAUAUGGGAGCGUCCUACUGUGGUUAUACAUCAGACAUUACAUGCUCUUUCCCUGUCAGUGGGAAGUUCACCAAGGACCAAGCUGUGAUCUACAAUGCUGUGUUGAAAGCAAACAUGGCUGUGAUGAAUGCUGCCAAACCAGGUGUAUCAUGGGUUGAUAUGCAUACAUUGGCCAAUAGAGUGUUACUGGCUGAGCUUCGUGAUGCAGGCUUGCUCCAAGGUGAUGUUGAUGAAAUGAUGAAGGCUGGAUUGGGUGCAAUCUUCCAGCCCCAUGGCUUGGGUCAUUUUAUGGGUCUGGAUACCCAUGAUGUGGGUGGAUAUCUGGAAGGAACACCGAGUCGUCCCACAGAACCAGGACUGAACAGACUGCGUACUGCAAGGGUGUUGGAGAAAGGAAUGGUUAUCACCAUAGAACCAGGAUGCUAUUUCUCUGAUGUGUUGCUGGAUAAAGCACUUGCCAACCCUGAGCAAGCCAAAUUUAUGGUUCCUGAAGAGAUUGAACGGUUCCGUAACUUUGGUGGAGUCCGUAUUGAAGAUGAUGUAAUCAUAACGGAGGAUGGUGUUGAGAAUAUGACUAAAGUUCCACGCACGAUUGAAGAGAUAGAGGCAGUGAUGACAGAGAAGAGUGAAUUGGUACCGUCAGCUCCUGUUGGUAAAGCCUGUGCCUGCUAAACUGUACACAGCAGCUUGGUGAUAUGAUAACAGUAUAACAGAAUUGGGUUUUACACUGAACAGCUGUUAAUUGUUGAAUGUACAAGUGUAAAAGAAUAUUAAUUUUAUGACAUAUUUUGUAUGAGAAAUCAUAAUUGCUGAAUGGGAAACUGUUACACACUUAUUAACAAAGGCAAUACCUUUAUAUUGACACACUUUGCUUUAGCUUGGAAUUAGUACAUAUUAUUUAGCAUUGUAUCAAGAUAUUUUGAAGGAAAAUAAAAUGAGUAAUGCAAA